GACUGUUGACUGGGGCACGUUCACUUAUGAUGCACUGCAGCAAUUUGCAGUCUGCUUUGAUUGUUGUGCUGUUGUUCAUWGGUGUUAAAGUAUCCACUAAAGAGGACUUUUGCAGUGCAAAAGGUGACAGCUGUUCCAAGGACAAGAGUCAAACAUCGUCCAACAACGACGAACAUCCAGCAGAAUCUCAAGAAGAGGAAACGAUUUCAAGUACGGGAAUGGAGUGGUUCUCGCAUGGAGUAAACAACAACGACCUCGUAACUCAGCUGAGAAAUGGCAGAAUAAUAAAAUCAGAUGGUGUUGAAGAAGCAAUGAGAAAAGUAGAUCGUGGAAAUUAUUGCACAAAUCGACCGUAUCAAGACUCUCCGCAGUACAUCGGUUAUGGAAUAACUAUAAGUGCACCUCACAUGCAUGCUCAUGCAUUAGAAAUGUUGAAGGACGAACUUGUUGAAGGGGCAACUGUUUUGGAUGUCGGAUCAGGUAGUGGCUACUUAACAGCCGCAAUGGCAAUAAUGGUUGGGAAAACUGGGAAGGUUGUAGGAAUUGACCAUAUCCCAGAGCUUGUGGACUUAUCCAGAGAAAAUAUAAAGAAAGGCAAUGCAGACUUGCUUGAAGAUAAAAGAGUGAUCUUAGUUUUAGGUGAUGGACGAGAAGGACAUGCACAAGAGGGCCCAUAUGAUGCCAUUCACGUCGGAGCUGCUGCACACCCUAUUCCUGAGCCACUUUUACAACAACUCAAGCCAGGUGGACGUCUCUUCAUUCCUGUAGGACCUCAACUUGGUGACCAAUAUCUUGAACAAAUUGAUAAAAACCAUGAUGGCACCAUUACCAGGAAGAGGUUAAUGGGUGUCCGUUAUGUACCACUGACAAGCAAAGAGAAACAGCUGUCUAAAUAAUGACUGGAAAGACAAAAUAGGAACUGGUUAUACCAUUUUCCACACCAGGGAAUCAUGCCAUUGUAGACCUUGAGAAGAAACAUUACCAAAAAAGAAAGUUUAAAAUCAGUUUAGGAACUAUUUCCUUCUUAAAUGCCAGUAAAUGUCAAGAUCAAGAUGUCAAUUAGCUUUAAUGCAAGCCAAUUUCUGUUUUAAAAAAGGUUAAAAGGCACGUAGUUUCAUAUUUUGCAAACUCAAGGUAUUACAGUGCAGCUACUGAAACCGGGGCCACCUASAGAAUAUAAAAUUCCACAAUUUAGAUUGAAAACAAAGUCUUUUUUUAGCUUAUUGUUUUCAAUUGAAAUUYUGAUUAUUUUACAUUCUUUAGGUGGCCUUGGUUCCAGUAGCCACACUGUAAAUGAUAAAUUAGAGACAAAGUUGAGACUGAUUAUGAUAUGAAGAUUAUUAAUAAAAAAUCAUUAUUAACCAGAA